UUCAAAAAGUACUGUCUGGGCUUAAAAAUGUUAAAACCCACCUAAUAAAAUGGAAAAUAAUCUAUCUGACAAACAAAUUGCUAUGCUGAAGGAAUAUUUUGAUACGUUUAAAGACUCCAACAGUGGUAACAUAACGCUGGAAUCCUUGUUAACUAUUAUGACUUGUAUGGUGCCUAUGAUAACCGAAGGAGCUGUUGUUAAGUUAUUUACGAACUUUGACUACGACAGAAAAGGAACACUUAACUUUAACGAACUCAUAGAGUGUAUGAAACAGAUUCUGAGUCAAGCUGACCCAAUAGAGGACUUUUCCAGGGAGUUUAAGAAAUUUGACAAAAACAAAAAUGGCUUUAUUACCACGCCUGACCUUCGACGGGUUAUCAUCAAUCUGGGUUUAGCUUUCAUAGAUGAUGAUAUAGAAUGCAUGAUUGCCGAAGCCGAAGCCGAAGCCGAGGCCAAGGACGGGCGACUUUAGGUUAAUUUGGUAUAAUUUGGACAAAAAAACGUACCAACCAAGUACUUCAACUAAAGCGGAAACUACUCAGCACUACAGUAUUUGUGCUGACGGGUCAAUGCAUAAUAGGUAGGCAGGCAUACUUUGAGACUAGGUUUUAAAGCAUGAGGACGAGGAGGUCAGUUGCCCAUCAUUAGAUAAGAGAAGAUCAAAAAUCUUAGCGGCUCCUUCUUUACUGAUCUGAGUGCCUUUUUUCCAGCGUUGACCAUACACUAACCUUCUACUUUAUGUACGAACCAACACUAUUCCUGUGGUAUCAUUAUAUGACUGUUGUAUAUAUUUGAAAUAGUUGCUUCUCGGCUAAAAGCAUCAGAAUGCAGCUUAAGUUAUGAUGAAGCUUCUAUUUUUUGUGGAUAUAUCAACAAACAACUUCAUAGUCUUCUGGGCAGCAAAAAUCCACAACUAACUACCAAAAGUACGUUGCAUUCUCAACAAGUUAGUGUAUAAUGUGUCAUUGGUCAGAAGAUAUGUUCAGCUCUUGCUUUUUGAAAAUGGUGAAGAUGUAACACAAACCAUCAAUUCUAAUCGCUAUAUAAUAAGUCCUAAUUUCUUAUUUUACAUGGUGACCCACCGUGUGGGGUUGAUACCAUGGUGUAAUGUCAGGAAAUGUAUCCAGAUAAAGCACCUAUAAACGCCCCAUUGGAGUAAAUUAAGCCAAAGCAGUUUAAAUAGGUGCCGUUCCUCAACAAAGAAGAAGUUAUAUUCAUGCCAAAGUACAUAAGAACAAAUGACAUCCUCAGGAACCUCAAGAUUGAUCCGAUCAAUAAUAAAUGGACCAACACCGCGUUAUCAAAUCUCAGAUUGGUAACAGGCUCUGAGAGUCCAAUUUCUCUAUGCUCUGAGAAAAUAUAUUUAUUAAGUGUUGGCCAAGCUUUUGUUUAUUAUUUGUAAGCAAGACGUAAAAAAAUAAUGUCAGAUGGAUAUGUACUAUAAGAUGUUAUUUCCCACUUAAUGGUAAGGGAAAAUUAUAUUUUUAAAUAAAAAUUCGAUAGAAAUUUUAA